CCCAGGCCAUUUGUGCGGCUGCUGGCAUUCGAUUGCCAUUCGCACAAGUUGCAUGUUCGCGACUCGAUUUUCGAGAAAAAACAACCAGUGAAUUCUAAUUAAGUGUGCGCGCUAAUGCGUUAAACGGUUCUGCAAUUUGUUUUUAAGCCAAAGACCAAAAGCCUUUGUAUUUGUAUCUCACCAUCUCAUCCGUAUCUGUCUCUGUUUCUGUUUGAGUGGGAAUUACAUUUAUAAUUACGCUUAAUCAGUCGAUUACUGUCAUCGCAAACACGGGCAAACCGAGGACCCACCGCAGCGUUCGAUGACCACACAAAUGAGUGCCAGAUCGAACUGAGGCCAAAUCGGGAUAAGACACGCUCCCCCUGAUAUAGGACACCUGUCACUGACCCACUUGGCCAGUCAGUCAGUCAGUCAGUCGGAGGGAAAGUAGUGAGAACCCAGAGGAGUAUCGACAGCGGCAUCGACAUCGCAAACAGGAGCAGCCUUCGCCAUGGGCAAGAAGAACUCGAAAUUGAAGCAGGACACCAUCGAUCGGCUGACAACGGACACAUACUUCACUGAAAAGGAAAUUCGUCAAUGGCACAAGGGCUUUCUCAAAGACUGUCCGAAUGGCUUGCUGACCGAACAAGGCUUCAUCAAAAUCUACAAGCAAUUCUUCCCCGACGGAGACCCCAGCAAGUUUGCCUCCCUGGUCUUUCGUGUCUUCGAUGAGAAUAAUGAUGGCGCCAUUGAGUUCGAGGAGUUCAUUCGGGCCCUGUCCAUAACAUCACGCGGUAAUCUGGACGAGAAGCUGCACUGGGCCUUCCGUUUGUACGAUGUUGACAACGAUGGCUACAUAACCCGCGAGGAGAUGUACAACAUAGUGGAUGCCAUCUACCAGAUGGUAGGCCAGCAGCAGCAGACGGAGGACGAGAAUACGCCGCAGAAGCGGGUGGACAAGAUCUUCGAUCAGAUGGACAAGAACCACGAUGAUCGCCUGACGCUCGAGGAGUUCCGCGAGGGCAGUAAAGCUGAUCCACGUAUAGUGCAGGCGUUAAGUUUAGGUGGUGAUUAACCGCGGGACCUGUAGUUCAGAUUCGGAUUCGGAGGGGCGGGAAGGGAGCGAUAGUGACGGUGAUAGGAGAACACGAAUCAGCGAUCCGAAGAUCGAACCCCCCCACAAGCACGCCCAAAAACCCGUGUACCAUAUGCCAUUUGACCUUUUUUGGGGGGGGGUACUUCGCUAGCCCCCAUCCUCCCGCUCCCCCUUACACACACACACACACACUCGUCUUAAGUGAAAUUCCAACUAAUAGCAAAUUAUUUACGCAUAUUUACAUACAAAUUCAAUUAACAACAGCCAAGCCGCAUAAAGCUUAAAAACAAACAAAAAAUGGUUAAAAGAAAAAAAAUCGCAAACUAAUUGAAAAGAAAAGAACACCAAUUUAGGUCAAAGAAACGCUUUUUCUAAAAACAUACUGAAUAUACAAUAUAUAUAGUAUAUAUAUAUAUAUAUAUAUUAAUGUGCGUGCGGCAAGUAUGGUUAAAUAUAGGUAUAAAAAUAAAAGAAAACCUACUUAAAUUGACUAUUAGGCACUUGCUCCAUAAAGAUCUUAGGCAUUUUUAUUGAAAUGCUUGCCAAGCAAACGACAAAUUCAAAUUGACAACUAUCGAUAAGUGCCGUUAGCCAAGCGAUAGUCAUAGCGAUAGCCAGCGAAUAGUUGGAAUUUUUUUGCGAAACCCACAAAAAAACAGCUACUCUACCUAAAUAUGGAUAAUACAUAAUAUUUAAACAUUACUUAUAUACGGAUACAUAUACCGAUACUAAUUCGCUAUUGGCUUAUCGACGAUGACGUGUCGAUCGAUUGUUUCUUUUCGCCGGGCCAGCAGCUCUAACUGUUGAUAAUCGAACGUGUUGAUAAUCGAAAUUUGAAGCUACAACUAUAGUAAGCUGAAGACUCCACACACCGACACACCACACACAGACCUACUUACUCUCAAGAUAAUCAGAUAAUCCGGAUAUAACUCUGGAAGUCCUGAAAAAGUUGUGGACACACUUGCAUGUGGAUAACGUAGCGAUAACCAGCAUGCGGCUUAAGUACUCCUCUUGGUUCCUCCGUUUCUUCAGUCUCCAUUCUCCAUUCUUCAAUCUUCAACACCCCUCAUUGAGCUUGACAAUCAACCUGAUUUUGCUAUGGACCAUUGAAUGGUUCUCCUCACUCCGUCACCCAAGGAUUUCAUCACAAGCAUUCGAGGGACAAGAGGAGUAGACUCUUAGAAGAAUCUUUGAUAGAACUUUAACCCUUUUCUAUGUGUUUAUUGUGCAUGCCUUAUCAGAGCAACGAUAAUAUCAAAUUGUGUAUUCCUACUUGUAUUUGUACUUGGUUUUACACCUCACCAGAGCUUGAAAGUAUAUCGUAUCGUAUGGGGGAAUCUAAUCCCCUCCAAUGCCUUACCAAAAACCAAAACAAACCAAAAACUAUCGCCCCAAUCAUCGACUCACUCUCUCUCUCUAUCUCUCUCUCUAUCGCUCCAUCUCUCUCUGAUACACACAUUAUUCUCUUUUCGGUUAUCCUUUUCGUUUGAUGAGCUGCUCCUUCUUCUAUUUCGAUUUCGAAAGGAGAGCCAUCUAAUCACCAUGCUAAAAUAAUUUCUAUAUUUUAUAUGUGGUUCAGCUUUAGAUUGUAAACGAAGAACUUUGUAAGAAGAACUUUGUAAAGGAACUUUCUCCUGCAGCCGGUUAACUGAACUCACGUUUAUAAGAACCCAUUUACCAUUAUCCCUAUUUACUCACCUCGCCCUCAUAAUGCAUUAGUCCCCCAAUUAUAAUGUUGCCUUGUAGAAAACUCCCUAGGUUUGGACUUAAAUUCUGCUUCCUGCUUAGAAACCAAAACCAAAAUCCAAAAUCUAAAGACUUUUGCUUUGUCGCUGAGGUUUCAGAUUGGAUCGGCCCUAGAUAAUGCUUGUCUCAUCCUCUCUGACACCGAAAUUCCGAUUCAAAAUCCGAUUCCGAGGUUUCCGCCAUACUGUUUUGAUUGCCCAGCACCCGAUACAUAUUUCUAGUUGUACACUCGUAUUUAAAUAUAUACCUAGAUAAUGGCCAAAUAAAUUGAUAUACACACUUAAAUAUAUACAUAUAGGGAGAGAAAUAUAUAUAAAUAUAUAUAUACACACACAAAUAAUGAUAAUUAUACAUACAUCUAUUAUUAUAUAGAAGUCCCCAUUUGUAUUUUACUUGUGCAAUUUGCAAAUUGUUUUUGCCUAGAUUAAUUGUUGGAAACGAUUUGAAUUUAAGAAAACACCACACCUACACUGCACAAGUUUGCAUGCCUUCCUGUCGUCGAAAAAUAAAAAAAAGCAAAAAGGAAGAAAUAAAUAAAAUAAAAUCAAGCGA